AGCUGGAAAUAUGGAACCACUUAGGCCCUGAGAGCUCACCCUAUAAAGGGUUAAAGAUGGCUACGGGAUAAGUGGAGCUCGUUUAUCGCAAAUUUGACAGUGGUAGUUAAAUGGUAAGUUUUCCCUCCAAAGCUGCCAGUCUGGGGAAGCAGACGAGGCUCUCUGCUCUCCUCACCUCCGGUGAUUCUGACUCUCUCAUGCUCUUCUAUUGCUGUUUGUGGUCGCCUGUCUCCUCACCGUAGCCCUAAAUCUUAUGCGUGAAACAGGACAAAGGAGAAGAGGAUUUUCUCUUCUGUCUCUCCUCUCUCACCUUAACACUGCUGUUUUUCAUCGCUGCUUUGGGCCUGCGAGAUUAUCUUCUCUACUUCAUCUCCAUCCAUCCCUUCAGCUUUUAAACCCCCAGUCUUUGCCCUAUUUUUCCCUUCUUGUCUCUUUUCUGUCCCUCGCUGUGGAACUAAAUCUUCAACCUGACACCCCUGGAGUCCUUUCAGAUGUCCGCAGCCUGGCGCUGAAGCGGGCGCUUGCCAGCAGCCCAGAUGCAUUUACGACUCUUUGCCAUUGUGAUAUCCUUGCUUUGUGAGGUGAUCAGGAUGGGGUCUGGUGUCAUGCAGAAGCAAAGUGCUCACAAAGACACAUCAGAGGACUGUCGGAGCUGUCUGGAGUGUUCCCGUGACAACGGCUGUGUGCGUUGCCCCGAGCGACUCUUCCUGUUCCUGCAGAGGGAGGGAAUCUCUCACCAUGGAACCUGUCUCCACGCCUGCCCCGCUGGACACUAUGGACAGAGAGGGAAGGACGUCAACCGCUGCAUGAAGUGCCGCUCUGUGGACUGUGAGCAGUGUUUCAGCCGGGACUUCUGCACCAAGUGUAAGCCUGGCUUUCAGCUGUACAAAGGCAGGUGUCUGACCAGCUGCCCAGAGGGAACGUUCGCCCACCAAACAGACUGCCUGGACUGUGACCUGGCCCCGUUGGGAGAGUGGAGCGAGUGGAGCAUCUGUCUCCGUGAUGGCGCCACCUGUGGCUUCAGGUGGGGCAAGCAGACCAGGACUCGGGGCGGCAGGACACCUGAAGAGAACGCAGCAUCGCUUUGCCCAUCCCACACUGAGACGCAGAGGUGCAGAAUGAAGAAAAAGUGUCCCACAGAAAGAAGACAGAAUAAAAAAGGAGGACUCGGAAGGAAGAGAGAGAGAAAACGACUGCGGCUGCUCACCAGCGACAACGUUGGCAACUCGCCGAACGCAACAGCAGACGCCGCUGGGGAGCACGGAGAUCCCCGAGAUCCCUGAGGACGAGACGGACACGCCCUGACACAAACAGCUCGCCAUGACACCUGACACAUGUUGGAAUAUCAGUUGGCUGAUGUCAGCGGGGGUUUUGUAAUCUUAGACCAAAUCAUUGUUUGUUAAUGUUUCCAAUCAGCCUCCACAGGACUCUAUUACAAAACAUUCACCAGAAUAUUGUUUACUGGAAACUCAAAAUGAAUAAAUAUGUAGAUAUUAUGACUAAGAAAUUCUUACAUUGCAGUGAAUGUGACCUAUGAGUCAAAUUUCCACCAAAGAACUGUUGCAACUUGGUGGUAGCCAGAAAACAACUCUCCCUUCGAGGAUUAAUCCAGCAAUUAUCUGGAGUCAAAAUGAUUUGGUCGUGAGUGUUCGACCACUGACAUGAGAAUUUUAAAGAAUCUACAAAUGUCUGAGAAAAUAGCCCAGGUUCAAAAAUCCUGGAGUUAUCCUUUAAGAGAGAGAAAUAAACAAAUAAGCUGUGGUGUUAAACUCACCUGGUGUCACCUGCAGGUGAUUAAAUGGACAAAAUAACAUGAUUUACACGACGUAUAAUGACAGAUGAUAAUAGGCUUCAUUGUUUGACCAGCAGCUUCCUCUUAUCGUGCAGCUUGGUGAUGUUACCUGCUGCUUCCUCUGAGCCUCUUCCAGAUCGAAGAGGCCACUUUAGAGAGGGGAACUUUGAAAAAGAAAAGGAAAAAAAGGUCAACAAAAAGAACACCAUCACCGUGUUAUCAGUCACUCUAAAUACAGGGGAAACAGUCAGUAAAGUUUACAAAACGACUGAUUUCCUCACUAGAAAAAGGUUUUUUCUCCUCAACUCUGGCCUCUGAAUCAUCUCAUCACUUUUCUGUCAUAUUUGUUAGAAAGAAAAGAAGGAAUGUCCCACAUGAUCAAACUUAUAAGUACAUAGGCGACGCGUUUUUCAUUAUAAAUGUACUGAAUGCAUGAGUGGACGGCUGAGACAAUGUAUGAAUUAAAUGUUUUAUUCGAUAAUUCGCCCGCCUUUUCACCUGCUUGUCUUAUCUGAAAUUGCACAAGUGAAGCUAAAGUGACUGAAGAUGUGGGCGUUCCAGCUUCUGUCAACUGUAUAUUUAUCAAUAUUUCUAUGACGAAAUGGGAUUUUAUUCCACAAAAUGAAUGUAUGUUUCAGUAAAUGUAUAUAUUGAUGCUGCCGCCAUGAUAUACAUUUUGUUUACAUGUUUUUACUGACUGCAAACCUAUAACUAUUUGCAGACUUGUGGAGUUCAGAGUGAGUUUCUUUCUUACAAAUGCUUGAAUUCUUUACUUUGCAUAUAUGUGACAUUAAGAUUGUGACUGCAUUGUGGCUCUGACUGCGGAGACGUCCUUCCUAACAGCACAGCAGUAAAAUAUUUCCUCCUCUGA